GGUUGGGCGGCUGAGGCGGGGAGCGCAGCUGUCCGCGCCUCAGGGGCCUCCGGCGGCAGCGGGGUCUCGGUCUCUCCGCUCCGCUCCGCUCCGUCCCGUCCCGUCCCGUCCCUCGCGGUUUACCUCUCCUGCCGCCUGGGAGAGACCGCGGCGGGGCCAGGAGCGGCCGCCGACCCCGUGCGCCAGGUCCGAUCGCCCGGUCCAGCCCGGGUCUCGGGUCAGGUAAAGGGAGCUGGAGGUUUGUUUAACGGGAGAUACGAGUCCUCUCUAGAGAGCUCCCGGGCUACAGCAGCGAAAAGUGCAGGGGGGAAACCUGGCGGCGUCUGCAGUCCUUGUGAGGAGACUAAAACUCGCCUCAGGAGCCCACCCGGCUUGCGGUGGGGCAGGAGGCAGGCGAUACAGAAGAGCAGGCUGUGCCUCGAAGGAGCACCAUCGCUGUAUCCUCAGUGUACUGGCUUCCAAAGGAAAAAAGUGACUCACUGUGUUUUGGGAGGCUUCUCGGCUGUGAUCCUCUGCUCUGAGUGAGAUCCACCGUGGGCAAGAUUUAAGAUAAGCUCUCCCUGCCUUUUCAUAUCUUCACCGUGACUAGGCACAGGUUGCCAGCUCCAUGCAGGCUUCAUAAUUUACUCAUAUUGGUCUUCUUAUCUGUCACAGGUCCUCCUACUAAAACCUUUAGACAUUUUGUCUGGAAAAGUUGGAUUGUAAAUCAAAUACUGGCUUGGCUGAUGUUUGUCUAAAUCACAUAUCUUAAAAUGCAAUCACAAAUUGGAGACUGGGACAAAGGCCUUGGAAGGGAGGUUGUGCCACAAGAGGCGUCAGGGCAAUCUCUGAACGACACCAGAAAUGAAGAUGCCCAAACAGAAAAUGAAGGCAAUUCUGUCAACACAGAUGUUAAAACUCAAGAGAAAGCCAUCAACUGUAUGUCCAGAGAAGAUCAACAGAAUGAACAAAAGUCAGAUGGUGAUCACAAAUCAGUAACCAGCUCAUUCAAUCAAAGGGCAGAAGAAAAGAGGGGCUGUGUAAGAAUGACAAAAAAGAUUCUGCAAGACAUCUGUAAACAGCAGAAAUUAUACUUGACCCCAUACUUAAAUGAUACACUUUACUUGCAUUAUAAAGGAUUUGACCGCCUGGAGAAUCUUGAAGAGUAUACUGGAUUGAAGUGUUUAUGGCUGGAAUGCAAUGGCUUAACAAAAAUCGAGAAUUUGGAGGCUCUGACAGAGUUGCGUUGCCUCUACCUGCAACUCAAUUUAAUUAACAAAAUUGAAAACCUUGAACCCUUACAAAAGCUGGAUUCCCUCAAUAUCAGUAACAACUACAUUAAGACCAUUGAGAAUCUCUCAUGUCUGAAAGUCCUGCAGACUCUGCAGAUUGCUCACAAUAAGUUACAGACAGUGGAAGACAUACAGCACUUGCAAGAAUGCCCGAGUAUUUCUGUUCUCGAUCUUUCCCACAACAAUCUAAGUGACCCAAGUAUCAUAAAUAUUCUGGAGACCAUGCCUAAUUUGCAUGUGCUGAAUUUGAUGGGAAAUCAAGUGAUAAAGAAAAUUGCUAAUUAUAGAAAAACACUUAUUGUUCGACUAAAACUACUAACAUAUCUGGAUGACAGACCAGUUUUCCCAAAGGAUAGAGCCUGUGCAGAAGCCUGGGCCAUUGGAGGGCUUGAAGCUGAGAAAGCAGAAAGGGAAAAAUGGGAAACCAGAGAGAGAAAAAAAAUCCAAGAUAGCAUUGAUGCUUUAGCAGCAAUCAGGCAAAAAGCAGAGGAAAAGCGAAGACGAAAGUAUAUGGAAGAAAGAGAUGCAAGUGCAAAAUGUGGAAACGGAGGUGCAACAGACAUCCUAGAAGGAGUACCUGCAAAAUCAGAUGACAGUGAUGGAAAUUCUAAUACAUCAGAGACUUCAAAUAUAUCAGAAGAGGAAGAAACUCAAGAGAAGACUGAGAAAUUUAGAAAUGAAAGCUUUGAUGCUCAUGAUGAAGUGGUAACACUUCUACCAAAUAGGGGAGAUAACACAGAUUUCAUGUCUGGAAAUAUUCCUGCUAGAAUUCAAGAGGAUGCACAAGAAUCAAACUCUUACAAACACUCAAACUUCAACAAUAAGACAGACGUUCUACCAAGAGAGAAGGCAGCUACUGAAAAAGCCAUGCUUGCUGAACCCAAUGAUUAUGCUGAAAUUGAACAGAUCAAACUGAAGACACCGGAGAAACUUUAUCUUGACGAAUUGCCUGAUUUAGAAGAUAUAGAUGUAAAUGAAUUUACCCCAGAAGAGGAAAUCUUUGUUCAAAAGGAAUAUCACCCAAAGAUUGAAAUAAUUUCUGAAAUGACAAAUGACAGCGAUUCUGCAUUAGAGGAAAACAAUAAAGGCACAUUUGAGAAUUCAGUAGGAGAAGAAGUUCCAACAGCAAUUUUUUCAAAUGUGUAUAAGAUACAUAAAGAGCAUGAAAAGGAGCACUUAAAGCCCCUUGUUGAAAGCUUCUUUACAGAGCCUGCUAAUUCAGAAAGAUACCUGGAGACCAAAGAUAAACAAGCAACCCCCUCGAAACCCUUGAUACAAGAGGUUAUCACUGAGCCCAAGGAUAAUCUACUGUGGUCACCAAUCUGCAAUCGACCAGAUGACCCAAGCCCCUGGGAAGAGGAUGGGAAUGGCAGCGAUGGAGAAGUACAAUGCCUGGUUGAGGGUGAAGGAUGUCCUCACAAAGCACAAGAUGACGAGGACAGCGAGAGUAGAUUAGAUUAAUCACUUUGAAAAACCCAGACCAAAUCUGGAGCACAGUGCCUGGCUGACUGCAUGUGGUUAUUCUCAAAAUGCAGAGCUCAGCGAUGGGACCGUUAGUUACAACUGCCGUAACACUGUGAUAUAAAAACCACCGCCUUCAACAGGAAGACUUAGCAUUUCAGUCAGUCAGAGGCUGCUGCGGCCUCCAGCAUCUGACCUUCGGGGCAGAACUGUUGGUUGUGUCAGUGUGAGAGAAGCCCAUAAUCCUCUCUAACCCACAGGCAGCGACUGCCGUGUGCUCCCACUGCCAAAGCUGCUGGAGAUGCCUCGGCUCCAAGCUCUUCAGGGCAGCUAGCAGCGUUCACUACUCUGAAAGCGAGGGCACUACUGUUUUAAGGUUAAAUUCCACUCUUGUGUCAUUUUUUCCCUUGCAACCUUCUAGAAAUUACUUAGUUAAAUGUUUAUGUCUUAGGGUUUCAUUACAUUUGUAGUUUCAAUGCAUAUUGUUAACAGGUUUCUGUCAUUUGAACUAAAAGAUUCUACUUGUAAC